AUGGAUCCAACCAACAAUCAACAACAAGACCUUUUUGAUCUUCUACCCGAUUCAAUUCUUCAUCUCAUCUUCACCAAGUUAACCCACGCUCCCUCUCUAAUCCGUUGCCUCGCCGUCUCCAAACGCUUCGCCUCUCUCAUUCCCCAAUCCGAUUCCGUUUUCCUUUCCAUUCCUCCUCUCCUCCUCACUCCCAAUCCAAAAUCCAGAACUACUCCUCGUUCACCUACCUUUUUCCUUCGUAAGUUCUUCUUUAAUCCUUUUCGCUUUAUUCGCCGUCUCAUUACUCAUACUUCCCAAUCCACUCCCAGAUUUACCGAUUGGUACUACUGGCCUAGCGUCGCCUUGAAGGAAUUGAAAGGAUUCCAGUCCCUUCAUAUUCAACUCCCUUGCUGCGGCGAUGAAAUCGGUUCCAAUCACAACGGCGGCGCGUUACUGAAAUGGAAAGCUGAGUUCGGUUCCGAAUUGAAGACUUGCGUUGUUCUUGGAGCAUCGUCUUUAAGAAGAAAAUCGGUUGUGGAAUCUGAAUCAUCAGCGGUUAAAGAAGAAACAGAGGAAAACAGAUUACAUGCGGAGUCGGAAUCGGAAAUGGGAGAUGGAGAGCUUAAAUCAAGGAUUGUAUGGACGAUUUCUUCGCUAAUUGCGGCUUCCAUGAGACAUUAUUUAGUGAAACAAAUGGUGAAUGAUUUUCCGUUGCUAAAAACUGUGUUGAUUACGGAUUCAGCGAAACAAGGGAGGUUAUGUAUGGAAGAAGAAGAAGUGAUGGAAUUAAGAGAAUCGAUGCAACUGAGUUCAAGUUCUUACGUAGAGAGGAGUGUGAUUCCAGAUCUGAAGAUGAAGAUGUGGUAUGUGCCGGUGUUGGAUCUGCCGGAGGCCGGAUUUGUAAUGACGGCGGCGACGUUGGUGGUGAUUAAGCCGAGUGGCGGAGGAAUGGGAUUGGAUGGAUUAGAAAGAAUCGGUGAUGAGUUUGAUAGUGAAGAUGGGGAGAAAUUUGGAGUUUAUGGAGAAGCUGUGAGGAAAUUGAUGAAGUUGAAGAGGAAUUAUGCUUUGGAGGUAAAUUCCUUUUGA